UUGACACUUAUCGUUACAAAAAUAUUCGCAAACGUUGUCGAAAGUGUUGUCGAUGCGUUGCGCAGUGUUUAGUUUAUUGUUUAUUAACAGGCGCCAAGAUGGAUUUCGCCAGCGUACUUAAUAAGAGCGAGCCACACCAGCGCACCAUCAUACACCUGGACAUGGACUAUUUCUAUGCCCAAGUGGAGGAGUUGCGUAAUCCCUCUCUGCGCACCCAACCCCUGGCCGUGCAGCAGAAGAACAUUGUGGUCACGUGCAACUAUGUGGCCCGAGCGAGAGGCGUUGCCAAGCUGAUGCUUGUCGUGGAGGCGAAACGUCUUUGCGCUGACCUAGUGCUGGUCAAUGGCGAGGAUCUGGCCCCAUAUCGACUAAUGUCCCAAAAGAUCUUCGAUCUGCUGCUCAACUAUACGCCCGACGUCGAGAAGCUGGGUUUCGAUGAGAACUACAUGGAUGUCACAUCGUUGGUGGAACUGAGACAGGCACACGCAGCCGAUGCCCAGUUCAAGCCACCUGUGGGACACAUUUACCCAGCGGACGGCACUCCGCUGACUGCCUGCAGCUGCGGCUGCGCCCAACGACUGGCCAUAGGCACGCGAAUAGCCCAGGAGAUACGCGACGAACUGCACCUGCGGCUGGGCAUCACCUGUUGUGCGGGCAUUGCCUACAACAAGCUGCUGGCCAAACUCGUGGGCAGCCGCCACAAGCCCAACCAGCAGACGGUGCUGGUGUCCACGUAUGCGGAGCAGUUCAUGCGCGAGCUGAACGACUUGCACAGCGUCACGGGCAUUGGCCAGAAGACGCAAACGCUACUGCAGGAGGCGGGCAUUACCAGCGUGGAGCAACUUCAGAACUGCGACAUGGACUUUAUGCGCAAGAAGUUCGGCUUCGAGACGGCGACAAAGCUGCGCGACUUGGCACUGGGCCGCGAUGCCAGCUGCGUGCGGCCGACAGGCAAACCCAAGACUAUCAGCGUUGAGGAUGCCUGCAAGACCAUAUCGGUGCACACGGAUGUCACGGACAAGUUUCGCAUGUUGCUCAAGCGACUGAUGGAGCAGGUGGCCGAGGACGGUCGCAUUCCCAUUGCCAUCAAGGUGGUGCUGCGUAAAUUUGAUCCCCAGAAGAAGAGCAGCCAUCGCGAGACCAAGCAGGCGAACAUACUGCCCUCGCUCUUCAAGGCCUCGGUCUGUGCCGGCGAGACGGGCGUCUGCAAAGUGCAGCUGGCUGAUGGAGCAUUGGACAAGCUGCUCAAGAUCAUAAUGCGUCUCUUUGAGCGCAUUGUGGAUCUGAAUAAACCCUUCAACAUCACACUGAUUGGCCUGGCCUUCUCCAAGUUUCAGGAACGCAAGGUUGGCUCCUCGUCGAUAGCAAAUUUUCUCAUUAAAAAGGCCGACCUGGAGGUGCAGUCAAUCACUUCUCUAACAAAUACGAGUCUCACUAGUCCUACGUCGGAGAGCAGUCCGUCAGCAAUGAGCGGCGACGAGGCCGCCUUUCGUUCCUCCCCCACCACAUUCAAGCCCAGUGAUCAGUUCUAUAGAAGACGCGCCACCACAGCGUCUCCCGUGCCCAUGCUCCUGGACAAUGGCUCGGAAUCGGCAGCCACCAACUCGGAUUUCAGUGAUUUCUCCGAAACGGAGGUGGAGCCCUCGCCCAAGAAGAGCCGCAUUGGCCGCGUGCUGGUGUCGAAGCGCAGUCGCCUCGCCGGCGAUGUGGCGGACACGGCUGCCGAUGUGGCCUCGCCGAGCAAACUGCGCGUUUGCGAUCUGCGACUCAACUCACGUGACAGCGAAAAGGAUUUUCCCAUGAGCCCGAUUGCGGCAUCUACAUCGGGAUCGUCCAGUGCGCCGCGCUUUCGCACAAUUCAGCCGCCCAACACGCUGGUGAAUCGAAUCGAUGGCAGUCUCCGCUUCAUACCCGCACGCACGGCCAGCCGCCUUAGUUCGAAUGCCAGCUCGACGGCAUCCUCGCCGCUGCCCUCGCCCAUGGAUGAUACGGUCAGUGCGCCCAGCACUCCCACCCUGACACCAGCGUUGCAGGAGGCGGCCCAAGCGCCCAGUGUGGGCAGUGCAACCACGGAGGCGGCAACGGGCGAUUCCCUGGCGCAUCUGGCCUGUCCCGCCGGUGUGGAUGCUCAGGUCUUCAAGGAGCUGCCCGUUGAGCUGCAAAACGAAUUGAUUGCCUCGUGGCGCAGCUCGCUAGUGGUAGCUGCAGCCAAUGCCGUGGAGCAGGCGACAACGAGCAGCGGCAGCUCGGCCAGUGCGGACAGCAGCAGCAGCAGCAGCGGRGCCGGAGGCAGCAGCACCACCACGCAGAAGAAUACCCUAUAUCGUUAUUUCCUGAGGAACAAGUGAUGUUGUAGCCGCGUUCAACGCAAACUCUGCCUAAUUAAGAUUAAAAACGAAACACAUAUACACUAUAUUAUAUAUACACAUAUAUAUUUUGAUAGGUUUGUGGUAUUAGAAUAAACUGUUGAUGAAAUUCCCG